AUGCCACUCCCUCGUAAAGUGCCCGGAGUUAAUGUUAUGUUUACAAACAACCGUUUGGUUAUUUGUGGGAACAUUUGGACGCGGCCCGAGCUAGCCCACAUGAUCCUAUUUCCAAUCGACUCCGCUACGUCGGCGGCCGAUUUAGCGAAUGUCGUCAUAACAUCAAAGCUUGGAGUGACAUCAGUGCUGGGAACGGUCGAUUUAGAUUUCUUAAUUCUGCUCCUUCUGGCG